AUGUCAAACUGUUUGAAGGACAGGUCGCUUGUCGAUCGUGUAUUUGUCUCCUACUCAAGCAAUGCAGGUGACAGAAUCCAUGUAAGAGACAAGAAUCAAGACAAAAAACUAGAAAAUGGCAACACCAAAGACAUGUUGACGUAUUUGAAGAAUAACGAAAAGGUGUGCCUGGUAGUAAUAGAUUUCGCUGGACUUUCCACGAAUACUGAUGAUUUACAACAGUCUGUAAGUAUUAGUGACCAUGAGAGCCUCCAGAAAAUCAUUGUUGAUACUUUGCCAUUCAAUAACAGGGUAUUCAUAUUCGACCGGCCAAAACUUUUAGCUGAGCUUCAAACUUUAAAGGCAUUUGAAUGCAGAAACAGGCCUCUGCGCCUGUUUUUUUACGUCUGUGAAUAUGCCUGA